AUGUCUGUAGUGGGUUCUUGCAACGGGUUGCUUUGUAUAGCUAAUAUUGCACAGCAGAUAUGCAUUUGGAACCCGUUAACAAACUUAUACAAAGUAGUACCAUCAUUGUCUCUUGACAUACUGGGCAAUCAUGGUAACAUUCUUGGGUUCAAAUAUGGAUUUUGCUAUGAUUUUCAUGCCGAGGAGUACAAAAUUGUAAGAAUUAUUGAUAUUGAUGGUUAUUUUUCUGUAAUUGAGGUCUAUGUAGAGGGAUCGAAUACAUUUGAAGGAUAUAAACUCAUACCUUAUAGCUUUACUUUUGGAGAUGUAUUCGGGGUGCUUGUAAAUGAAACUCUCCACUGGAUACCAAAUCAUCGUUCUGGAUCGCGGAGCCUUGUAUUUUUACUCGGUAUUAGGGAUGAAUCAUUUGGGGAGCUGCCACUGCCCGAAAAUGUGAAUGAUCUGUCGCGGGUUUCGAUUGGUGUAUUGGGUGGGGAUCUUUGCUUAACUGAUUAUCGUCCUCGUUCGUGUAGUAUUGAUGUCUGGGUAAUGAAGGACUAUGGAGUAAGCAGUUGUUGGAGUAGAUUACUAAUGAUACAAUUACCAUUAACUACGGCAUGGCUAUCAUUGGCUGGCGUGAAGCUGCUCUAUUCCUUUAAGAAUGGCGAAAUUCUACUCAGGAGGGAUGCGAAUACCUUACUAUUAUAUCACCCGAAGGACGAGUAG